AUGUGUCCUUUUCUAGCGGCCCAGAAACCUGCCGACUCAAAUACGCCGCCGCAAGGCCAACAGGCGUAUCCUCCACCACCUGGCACUGCGCCUGGUACGGGUCCUUAUGCGCCUUCUGCAUCAUCUGGCUUUCCGAAGCCGACAACAAGCGGUAGCCUGGACUUGAGUGCGCCGGCCGUCGUAGGCGGCGGCAACGUCAGCAUCCAAGAAGCCAUUGCGCGUGCCAAGGCCCACGCCGCCCAGAACGGUGUUGCCUCGUACGACAGACCCAUCACAUAUGCACCGCCUCCUGCUACGGCACCACCGCCGCCAGGUGGACCUCCUGAGGGCCAUCGCUACCGUAGCUCGCGCUCCCGCUCUCCACCUCCUGCCCGGAGAGGCGGCAACGACUACCGCGAGAACCACAAUCCCUACCGCGACGAGCGCCGCGACUACGGUGGCGGCGGCGGCCGUAGCCACCCCUACUCCCCUGCCGGACACCACGGCGACCGUGGCAGCGACCGCCACAACGACUCAUUCUCGCCACGUGGUGCCCACGGUGGCCGGCGCGACCGCUCACCUGGCCGUGGCGAGGGCGGUGGUGCGGGCAGCAAUUCCGAGGUCAUCGAGGUCCAGGCCGGUCUGGUCGGCCUGAUCAUUGGCCGCCAGGGCGAGAACCUGCGCCGCAUCGAGGGCGAGACCCAGUGCCGCGUGCAGUUCUUAGCCCCUGCCAAUCAGGAAGACCCGAUGCGCCAGUGCAAGAUUUCCGGCCAGCCUCCCAACCGCGCCGAGGCCAAGGCUGCCAUCUUCAAGAUGGUGGACGACAGCGCUGGUCCUGGUCCUGGCGGCCGGUUUGGUGGUCCUGGUGGUCCCCGUGGCGGCCAGAGCGAGCGUAUGGGCCAGCAGGUGGUGCCUGGCGAAGGCGAGGAACUUGUCCAGAUCAUGAUUCCGGACCGGACCGUGGGCCUGAUCAUUGGCCGCGGCGGCGAGACCAUUCGCGAUCUGCAGGAGCGGAGCGGUUGCCACAUCAACAUCGUUGGCGAGUCUAAGAGCGUCAGCGGUCUGCGUCCUGUCAACCUUAUCGGCGGCCGUGCAGAGACGACGCACGCCAAGGAGCUCAUCAUGGAGAUUGUGGACAGUGACACCCGCAACGGCGGGCCUGGUGGUCCUCCUAGCGGUGGUGGCCCUGGUGGUCCUCCAUUCCGGCAGGGUGGUGGCGGUGGUGGCGGCGGCUACGGUGGUGGUGGUGGUGGUCCCGGCGGUGGCUAUGGAGGAGGUGGCGGUGGUGACCGUAUCAACGACUCUAUGUUUGUCCCUGCAGAGGCUGUCGGCAUGAUCAUUGGCAAGGGCGGCGAGACCAUCCGCGAGAUGCAAAGCAGCACCGGCUGCAAGAUCAAUGUGUCGCAGACGCCCGGUGCCAACGAGAACGAGCGCGAGAUAGGGCUCAUCGGUACUCAGGAAGCCAUUGAGCGCGCCAAGAUUGCCAUCGAGGAGAAGGUCGAGGCUGUGCGCCAAAAGAACAGCGGUGGUGGAUACGGCGGUCCUGGCGGCGGUCGAGGCCGUGGCCGUGAAGGUGGUGAUGGCGGCGGCUACCGUCAACAGCGGGACUACGACAGCCACGGUGGCUAUGGUGGUGGUGGACGCGGCGGUGGUGAUGGGGGUCCUAGCCGUGGCGGUCCAGGUGGCCCUGGCGGCCAGCCCACCAGCGACGACCCGAAUGCAGACCCGUACGCAGCAUACGGCGGUUAUGCAGCAUACGUUGCGCUCUGGUACCAGGCACUGGCUCAGCAGCAGCAGAGCGGCGGCGGUGCGCCCCCUCCAGCACCGGGCCAGUAG